AUGUUGCGCAUUAUCUUCCUCUUAUCUCUCCUCUUCGCUCUCUCCAACGCCUCUGUUAAUGACUUCUGCGUCGCAAACCUCAAAAAAGCCGAAACCCCUUCGGGUUACCCUUGCAUUCGUCCCAUCCAUGUCAAACCCAAAGACUUCGUCUUCUCCUUAGGCACUCCUGGGAACACCACCAACAUCAUCAACGCCGCGGUCACGCCCGGUUUCGUCGCUCAGUACCCGGCUCUGAACGGUCUAGGCAUCUCCACAGCUAGACUUGACUUGGCUCCUAAAGGUGUGAUCCCAAUGCACACUCACCCUGGUGCCUCUGAGGUUCUCUUCGUCCUCGACGGCUCCAUCACAGCCGGGUUUAUCUCCUCCUCUGCCAACACCGUGUACGUGCAGACGCUUAAAGCGGGACAGAUCAUGGUGUUCCCACAGGGCUUGCUUCAUUUCCAGAUCAACGCUGGGAAGUCCAACGCUGCAGCGUUUGUCACCUUCAGCAGCGCUAACCCCGGUCUCCAGAUUCUUGAUUUCGCGCUCUUUGCUAACAAUCUCCCCACUGAUCUCGUCGUUGGUACCACUUUCCUUGACCCUGUUACAGUCAAGAAGCUUAAGAGUGUUCUUGGAGGAACUGGCUAA